ACCACAGCUGACAACCAGAGACGCACACUGUCACACACACACACACACACACACACACACACACACGGAGAGAGCGCAGGAGUCUCGCGCAGAGUUUCACCAAACAGAAAGUGCUAGAGUCGGGGAACGGGCACUUCACGCCGCCGGAGCCGGAGACACAGCAGUCGGACGGGGACUCGUACGGAUACAUCUCGUAUCGGAGUUGUGAGCAAUGCGCUGGCAGCAUGGCCAGAUGGUUUAAGGAGCACCUGGGUUUCAAAACCACCAAAGCCCCGCCACCGGCGCCUCCUAAACCGGACUACCGACACUUCCACACCGCCGUCUCCAGCACUCCGGCGUUCCACCUCCAGCAGCAGACGGGCACCGGGUUAAUGUCCGCGCAGCCCGACAUCCUCACCGCCUACAAACUCCAGAAGGAGCUGGACUUCGAGGAUCCGUACACGCCGGGCGGAACCGUGCCCUUCUCCACCGGACUGAGUUCCGCGGGCUCGCCGGACGUCAAGUACGUGUCUCCGAAGCACCGGCUCAUAAAGGUGGAGACGGUCGAGCGCAGCGGCUCGAGCUCGGGCAGCAGUAGCGGGGCGACCGCGGUCAAAUCCCCCAGCUCUCCACCCGUCGAGCCCGAGAACGGCAAGCAGGAGAAGCUCAUCAUCCUAGAGGACUAUGCCGACCCCUUUGACGCAGCGGACCAGGCGGGUGGCACCCAGACGGUCACAGAAAAGCCAACGGAGAACGACGGCUACAUGGAGCCCUACGAAGCGCAGAAGAUGAUGGCUGGCACAGGAGGCUGUUGUGUGGAGGCCCGCAAUCCAUUUCUGAGACACCCAAUGCAAGAUUGCAGUUUCGUAGUGAGUAAUUGGGACUCAGUGGGAUGUGGGCACUCCUCUGUGAAGUCAUGUCGGAUUUGUUCCAGAACUCCUGUUCACUGACCAGCCCAUCCGAUCCAUUUUUUUCAGUCCAGUCUGCUGUCAUUUAUUCAUAACUAAAUUCAUACUCUGUGUGCCCGCUGGAGUUUUGUGCUUUCUUUUGUUCUGUGUUUCUAGCCCAACCCUUCCCUCUCCCCAGAGACAGUGUUGUCCUAUAUUUGCAUCGGCAGUCUUCCACUCAUCCAGGUCCAGUUUAAAAGCACACUUAAAAGACCCUGAAUACAGAUGGAUGUGCUGUUUGCACUCUGUUUAUCUGCUGUUUUUCAGUGCAGGAACACAUCAGGGUUAGGUGAACUUAAAAUGGCUUAAUGUUGAUUACCACAAAAAUUCAUUUUGACUCGUUCUUUUAAAAAAUCAGAGCAUCGAUGUGACUGGCAGGCACUUACAGUUGAAGUGAA